GUCAUCUGGCAGUGCUUUUUUUUUAUUAUUAUUAGAGAUUAUUUCAGAGUACUAAUGCUACUGACUACUGUUGGGAAUUUGUUCAAGAAUGCUUGGCUUGUGGUGUAUGCAGACAGAUCUAUAAAGUGCAGUUUCAGUGAAAUACAUAAUUAUUAUGUGUAAUCUAGCUCAUACUUAGAAACAUGAACUUUCUAGUGUCUUAUUGAAAUCAUUAUGGUUAUAAAUUAAGGUAUGGCAUUGAAAGGUAAUUUCUUUCUUUUUCUCUAUAUCAUGCAUGAUCAUUCCAAGAGACAGGGAGGGAGAAAAGGAAUACAAGAUCUGCCCCAUAAAAGCUCAUUUUAUAGAUCUGAGCAAUAGUCUGAUUGCAUCUAUUGAAGAACCAAUGUUUAACAAUCUAAAAAGAAUAUAUCAAAAGGCACAAGAAUUCUAUGAAGAAAACUAGUUUGCAUCCAGCCUUUCCUUAAGGUGCUCUCUCUAUAUUGGAUUUCUGUCUUCAGUUCUGUUUUCCAUUAUUGUAACAAUUCUUUAAGAGUGAUAAGAGACACUUACUGGUCCAACAACUCCAGGGAACUUCCAGUUAAAAUGACUUGAAAAGAUCUUUCAAGUCCUAGGCAAACAUUUUAAUAUAUACAACCAGGAAAAGAAAUGAAAAAAAAGAAGAACAACAUUGUGAUUUAUGCUUCUGAUUUAUCCCUCCUGACAGUCAUGGCAUAUGAUCGGUAUGUUGCCAUUUGCAAUCCACUGCACUAUGAGAUGGUGAUGAAUUGGAAAACCUGCAUUGAAAUAAUAAUUUUAGUGUGGAUUAUAAGUCUUCUCUAUGGAACAUUGCAUACUACUGGCACUUUUUCAAUCCUUUUUUGUUCUAAUGUUGUCAACCAAUUUUUCUGUGAAAUUCCACAAUUGUUAAAACUAUCCUGCUCUAGUUUCAAUCUAAUUGAGAUUGGAGUUAUUGUGGUAAGUGUCAUUGUAGGAAUAGGUUGUUUUAUUUUUAUUAUCAUAUCUUAUGCCAUGAUUUUCAAGGCAGUGCUAAAAAUUCCUUCUGAACAAGGGAGGCAAAAAGCCUUAUCAACCUGUAUUCCUCAUCUUAUAGUAGUGUUUAUGUUUUUAUUAACUGGAUUUUUUGCUUAUUUGAAGCCUCCCACUAACACUCCAUCGUACUUAGAUUUUGGGUUGACUGUUCUAUAUUCCCUUCUUCCACCCCUGUUCAACCCAAUCAUCUAUAGCAUGAGGAAUAAGAAUAUCAAAUUUGUCCUUUCUAAACUCUUGAGGUUCUAAAAAAUUCUUUAAGUGCUAUUUAUAGUCUAUUCAACAGAAAAUUAUA